UUUUGAAAGUAACGCGUCGCAUGAAGAUGACGACAGCAGGGCGCGGACUGUGUUCCGCGUGAUGAGGAUUUGUUUAUCUUAAAAAAAAAUGUUUUCCCUGUGCUUUUUUGCUGGUUGCAAUUAAUUUGCAGUGAAGGAAAGGCUGCAACAUGUGGGCUCUGACUCCUCUGAACCCCGGAGGGGAGACGUACUAUCUCCUCCCUGGUAGAGAGUACACCGUUGGUCGUAAGAACUGUGACCUCCCUCUCCCCGGUGACCAGUCCAUCAGCAGGUCUCAUGCUCAGCUCACUGUGACUGACCAGACCCUGACACUAAAAGACACGUCCAAAUACGGCACCUUUGUCAACAGCCAGCAGCUAACGGUGCCUGUUGAGCUGUCCUCGGGGGACAAUGUUACAUUCGGGGUUUUUCACAGCAAAUUCACUGUGGUGUUUCUGGAGAAGCCGGUGGUGUGUUCGUCGUGUUUGGACGUUGCAGGCAAGACGUCGCUCUCUAAGGCGCUCUCAGCUCUGGGCGGGAAGCUGGUCAACGCCUGGACUCAGGACUGCACCCACCUGGCCAUGCCAACCGUUAAAGUCACCAUAAAGACGAUCUCUGCUCUCCUGUGUUGCCGCCCCAUCGUGAAGCCGGAGUACUUCACCGAGCUGAGCAGCGCCGUUCAGCAAAAAUCCGUCCCUCCCAAAGCCGAACGUUAUAUCCCAGAGAUCGACGAGCCCAGCCUGAAUAAAGAAGACGUUAACCUUGCAACGACUCCGGCUCGGAAACAGCUUUUUACUGGAAAGACCUUCGUUUUCCUCACAAACAAACAGCUGAAGCGCCUCAGCGCAGCAGUGAGUUUCGGAGGAGGCAGGAGUCAGCUGCUGGAGGAGGGCUCCCUCCCCCGCGGCCUGCUGGAGUCUCCUCACAGCUGCGUGGUCGAGGUCACUGCAGGCAGCUCCCAAAGUCUGCUCCCUGCUUCAGCCACAGAGUGGGCAAACUCGGUGAAGAACAUCAUCCACAGAAAAGGCCUUCGACUCAUCACAGAGUCAGAGAUUGGUCUGGCUGCCAUCUAUGCAUCCUGUGACAAGUACUGCAAUCCAUCCUCUCUGAUCACAGACUUCGAUCCCGCACCAAAAAUAAAACCGAGGAUCCCAAGUGCUUCGCUGUCACAAAGCGCGACCGUGGAUGAAACCGUGCUUCCUGCAGCGUCUCAGAACAUCACGGCCUAUGCAGUCAACACCGAAACGUCGCAAAGGAUGGCCGUUUGCGAUGUGACCGGAGUUGCAGCUGUGGGAGAAACUCCUGAGAAAACGACCACCGAGUCCUUCGUGGAGGACACAGUGAGCUCCUCGCUCAGCGCUGCCGACAACACAGGCUCGCAGAGAAGGAAACCUGACCCCAAACUAAAAGGUUUAGGGAAUAGCAACUUAAGACCCCCGCCGUCUGCUCCAUGGACCAAUGGUGGCAGCAGGACAUUCCUUCAUAAACAGUCCCCUCAGAAAGCGAGAACUUCUGCACAAACCUCCCCACAGAAACAGUCGACCUUGACCAACUUCUUUCAGCCAGUCAACAAGAAAAGACCUUUAGAGGAAGACUCCUCGCCCGUCAUGUCGGCACCAAAGCGGCCGGCUCCUACGUCAGCCGUCACUUCGCAGGACACAAACUCACCCAGAGGUUGUAAAGAAAUGCUCACGCUCAAGGGACAUCCAGCUGUGUCCGAGACUCCACUGGAAUCUGUGGAGGAUUUGGUCGCAGGGCAGGCACGGGUUCUCUCAGAGGAAACGCGGAGCAGGAAGAGGAAGGAGACGCAGGAGGAGAUACAGCUGGAUGAACUGGAGUCCAUUAUGUCCAUGGAUAUGGACUGCCUGGACGACGAGCUCCCGAGUGGCCACGGCCAGAAAGGGCAGCUAACGGUGCACGGUUUGGCCAAACAGAAACCAGCUUCGCUCACUGUUGAGUCUUCGGCUAAAAGGCAGCGCGUCCACCUAGAGCAAAGUGACAGAGUGGGACGGAGGCCUGAUUUGGGCUUGGAAAAGGAACGUCCCCAACAGAACCACAGAGAGCAACCCAUUAAGACGGAGCGGGUUCAUCACACAGACAGCCCUACACCUUAUCACCACCCCAGUAAACCUCCUAAAAAGUCUGCUGCAAGUGCAGCUGAAGAGAGGCAGGCUUUUGAAGAGGAUGAAGCGUCUUUUAUUGAGGAUGUAGAGCUACUCCAAGUAGAUAUUCCCCAGCCAGCAGAGGAGACCAAAGCAUCUGUUAAACCUGUAAAGAUCAAGGAGGAGGUGCAAGAGUCAAAGAUCGAUGAAGACCUUCCCAAGCAGCUGCUGAUGGUGGAGUUUAGGUCUCUCACCGUCACCGCCCCUGCAAAACGCAAACCGAAACCGUCCCACGAGAACGGACACGUCAAGAACUUCAAAUGUUUCCGGAAGAAACGCCUUCCAGGUGCGGAGGGCUUCCCACACGUCAUUGGAGGAGCCGACCUGCUGGUUCACAACAGGGGAAAGAACUCGGAUCUGGAUGAAUGGCUGAAAGACGCAGCUGAGGAGGAGCGUCAGACCAGGAGGGACGAAACGAUGGGAGACGAUCUGUUCAGGUACAAUCCCUCUAAACUGACCAAGAGAAGAUGAAAUACCUCCAUCCUUUCGCACUCGGAGGACCGUUUCUCUUUCCCAAGUCUGUGAAGAUCUGUC